GUCCGUUGGGGCUCUCGCUGCCGGUGGAGCCCCGGCCGCCGCUGGGCGCCGGGGCCGGCGCGGGAGGAUGCGGCGGUUCGCGCGGGUGGCGCUGCUCUGCCUGGGCUGCGGCGUCUGCUCGCUGCUCUACGGCUUCAGCCAGCUGGCCCUCUCCCUCGAGCAGGAGCCCGGCGCCGGCCGGGAGCGGCAGGCCCGAGACCCCGCCGCGCACGGCGCUCGGCGGCAGGCAGGCGCCGGCCGAGAGGCGGCGGCGAGCGCGGGCCGAGGCGAGGCGGCGGCCAGCAGGUGUAAGAAUUUGUCUGUAUCUUUCUGGAAUUCCUAUUGGAUGCUGCCCUCUGAUGUUUGUGGAAUGAACUGCUUUUGGGAAGCUGCUUUUAGAUAUGAUUAUAUGAAGACACAUCCUUCUGAGAAAAUGCAUCUAGCAGUGGUUGCCUGUGGUGAAAGGCUGGAGGAGACUGUUACUAUGUUGAGAUCAGCCAUUAUUUUCAGCAUCAAACCUCUACAGUUUCAUAUUUUUGCUGAGGACCAGUUGCAUGAGAGAUUCAAGGACAUACUUGAUGACUUCCCCUAUGAAGGAAAAGUUAAUUAUACAUUAUAUCCAAUAACAUUUCCAGCUGAGAGUGCAGCUGAAUGGAAGAAAUUAUUUAAGCCGUGUGCUUCACAAAGGCUAUUCUUGCCAUUAAUCCUCAAAAAUGUGGAUUCGCUACUGUAUGUUGAUACUGACAUCCUGUUUUUGAGACCUGUUGAUGAUAUUUGGUCUUUUCUGGGAAAGUUCAACUCCACACAAAUUGCUGCAAUGGCACCGGAACAUGAAGAGCCUCGUAUUGGGUGGUAUAAUCGCUUUGCUAGACAUCCCUACUAUGGUGUAACUGGAAUAAAUUCUGGAGUCAUGUUAAUGAAUAUGACACGUAUCAGAAGGAAGUAUUUCAAGAAUGAUAUGACACCAGUCCGGUUACAGUGGGGAGAAAUUCUUAUGCCACUGCUGAAGAAGUACAAGUUGAACAUAACCUGGGGUGAUCAGGACCUAUUGAACAUUAUGUUUUUCCACAAUCCAGAAAGUCUUUAUGUCUUUCCUUGCCAAUGGAAUUAUCGCCCUGACCAUUGCAUCUAUGGAAGCAAUUGUAAGCAAGCUGAAGAAGAGGGUAUAUUUAUUCUUCAUGGAAACAGAGGUGUUUACCAUGAUGAUAAACAGCCGACUUUUAGGGCUGUCUAUGAAGCAAUAAAAAACUAUUCGUUUGGAGAUGAUCUGGUUCAUUCCCUGUUGCAGCCCCUAGAACUGGAAUUACGUAAAACCAUGCAUACAUACUGUGGAAGAGUAUACAAAGUGUUCAUAAAGCAGCUGACAAAAAGCAUAAGAGACUUGUAUGCCAGAAGAUCAAAGGGAAGGUGAUUUUACUGUAAGCUGUUAAAUCGAGAGACUGAAUUAACAUACUUCUCAAAAGGUGCAAAAAUUCUAAUAUGGCUUGAAUUGGUUCUCACUGUGCCCAGAUAAAAGUUUACUAGCAUACAUAAAAAUGAAGAAAAUAUUCUUGUAAUGAAGAACAGGAAGUUUUUUCUGCAAAGCUGACUUUUUGCUCUUUUGAAGUUUAAUCACUGCUAAUGUUUGAUAAAAUGAUUUAGGUGUUACUGGCUUCUCCGGUCAGUAGUUUUAGUCUGUAUAAUUCAGUUAUCUAAUGAUCAGACGAACAAAGAAGAAAUGAAGAUGGUUCUAUUUGGGAGUGUACCUCAUUGCCUAAAAUUCUGCUAAACUGUGAAUGUAGCAAUAACUGAGGCAGCAGCACUAACCUCACUUUAAAGGUGUAAGCCUUUAUGUAAACGAAAUUGUUUACAAGUGCAGAAAACACUCUUUUCAAAGAAAUGUGAUAUAAUAAUUGACAAUCUGUAUGUGCCUUUAUGCGUUCAUCUCUUACAUGUUGAAGUACUGUUUUGACAAUCUUGUUUUGCAUAUUUUAGAUGUAAACUGCACACUAUAAAUACGAUUUUCUGAGAAAUUAAUACCAGUAUGUGAUAUUAGUUUUCUCUGUGUGUAGAUGCAGAGACUUUUUAAUGUACGGCAUUUGUUUCAACAUGGUCAAAAGAUAGAGCAGAGUUGAGGGUUGGUGGUUUUUUGGUUUUUGUGGGGUUUUUGUUGUUGUUGUUGUUGUUUUUUGUGGGGUUUUUUGUUUUGGUUUGGUUUUUGGUGGGGUGUUUUUUUUUUUUUUUAAGCAAAAAAUUUGGUUUGAACUUGUCUGUCUUACAAUACUUCUUAAAAAUUACAUGGUUUUGCAGCUUUAUAGGGCAUUUUAGAAGCAGGAAAAAAACCACCAGUGAAAAGCUGUUGUAUUUCCUUACUAAGAAUUAUUACGUGAUGAUUAUUAUGGAGUAUUUAGUACUGAAAAGUGAAGAACUGUAAUAAGAAUUCUGAUGCUUCACCAGACUGUGUAUUAGAUGGGUUUUUUAGAAUAUAUCCUGUUACCAUAUUUUUUAAUAACAUGGCUUUAAAAUAGUUUUGGGGCAGACCCUCAACUAAGUGAAUGCAUUACUGUCAGUAGCAUUAUAGUGAUUUACAACAGGCAAGGGAUUAGGCUUUCUUUAGUUUCUUAAAUUUUCUUAGUCGAAAAAGAAAAUGUUUUAUCUAGUACAAACUUCUCCCCCCCCCCCCCCCGAGAAAAACAUGAAAAAAAAGGCUGAGUUCUAGUUUUACAGUAAAAUAUUAUUUAAACUUGCAUGGUAUGAAAUGUAUUUGUAAAGUAUAUUUGAACUUGGAUAACUGGUCUAACUGAGAUGAAGUCUACAUAAAGUGAGUUUUUGGAUUCCAGAAAAGUUCCCGUGUGUUGAACUUGGAAGAUCCACUCACUGACUUGCACCUUCAUCCCAACCCCAUUUUAGAAGCUUAAUUUUUGUGGCUCUUUCCUUGCCAAAGGUGGGCUGGCUCUGACUCCCAGAUCCGUGUGGGCUGGACAAAUGCUUUAGCAGUACAAAACACACUCCAUUGUAAGCAGAGUUUAUAUUCUGCUCCUAAUCUCCCUGCUGGCUCAGGGUGUAAAUUUCUGGGAUGGAACCUAGGAAGCAGUCUGCCUCACAUGUAAUUACAGUCUCUUUUCCUUGCUGUGUCACCUUUUGAAGUCUGAAACUCUAGAAAUCUGUGUGAAGGUGAAUACUGUUAUUGACUGAUUUUACAAUAUGCAGUGCAUUAUUUUUUUACAUAAAUACUGAUUUUUA